UUAUUGGGAAAGAACCUAAGUCGGAGAAUAACUUCUGACAUUAGGCAGGUUGCAAGUCAAGUUGCAGAGGAAUGCAAGCGUUCGCCUCUUGCAAUCAUAAUACUAGGAAGGGCUCUAAGAGGGAGAGCUUUGGCUGAAUGGAGAAAAGCAUUUCAAGGACUUAAUUCAGAAUUGAAAGAGGGAGAAAGCGAAGAAGUUAGAAUUGUUUACAGAAGUGUAAAGCUGAGUUAUGAUCAUUUGGAGGAUAAUGAGACCAAAAAAUGCUUCUUAUUGUGUUCUUUGUUUCCGAAAAAUGAUCCCAUUGCUCCGCAGGACUUGAUAAGAUACGCAUGGGGGCUAGGGAUAUGUCAAGGCAUUGAUUCAAUUGAAGAAGUUAGCAAAAAAGUUAAUGUGGCAAUCAAAAAUCUCAAAGAUUCCUUUUUGCUGUUAGAGCAUGGGAAAGAACACUUUCAAAUGCAAAGUGGGGUUUGUGAGGCUGCUUUGCGGGUGAUAUCCAAAGAUGAGAGUUUCCUUAUGAUAAAAGAUGUGGUCAGCUUGUGGGAAACGCCAAGAAGUGAAGACCUUGAGUCCUGUUCAGCAAUCUCCUAUGUGGCUAGCAAGACAGAAAAGCUUCAUGGCGAGGAAUUCCGAGGUGAAAAGCUUCAAAUUCUGUUUCUUGGCGGGGAUGGUUGGAAGGAAAUAUCCAAUGAAUUUUUGCAAUGGUUGAAAGCACUAAAAGUUUUUUCUCUCCAUCAUGGUGAUUUGUCAGCAGAUGCUCUUCAGAACUUGACAAACCUUCGAGCUCUACAUUUGGAGCAUUGCAAACUGAAUGGCCUGUCAUCUCUAGGAAAGCUGAAGACACUGGAGAUUCUCAGCUUUCGAGGUUCUGGUAUCGGUAAAUUGCCAGAUGAAAUUGGAGAAUUAGAUAAUCUGAGAUUGCUGGAUUUGUUUGAUUGUCAAGAGCUGCAUAGAAUUCCUCUAAACUUGAUACGGAAGUUAUCCCGACUAGAAGAGCUAUAUUUCAGGCACCAUAGUUUUGAAGUAUGGUGGUCUGACGAGAAGCGUGCAGAAGGAAGCAAUCCUACCCCAUCAAAUAUCAGGUCACCUUCCAGUUUGGCAAUUGAUACACUUGAAUAUCAGAAAAGCAUUGAUAAUUUGUGUGACACAAAUUCAAGACCCUCGAAGGUUUCAGUAUUCUUACAAGAUCAAUCCAAGGAGAGGAAUCAGACAGUGAGCUAUCUUUAUCGGGAUCAUAUUGUUUAUCACAAUAAUAAUGUUUCUCCAUACGUGGCUCAAAGUGUGAAAAAGGUGAGGGUUGAACGUUGUAAUAUGUUUGGAGCAGUAUUUCAGGAUGGGUUCAUUCUUUGUGGCACUGAAGAUAACUCUGAUUCGCUGCUCUCAGAUCUAACAUCCUUGGAGCUAGAAGAUUUACCUAAUCUAAGAUGGAUAUGGUACGGGAAAGCCAAUGAUGUAAGCCUCCAAAAUCUGAGUACUGUGAAGCUAAAGAAUUGCCAUCGUCUGAAAUAUCUCUUCUCAACCUCCAUUGCUCAAAGGCUGGAGCAACUGGAAACACUCGAGAUACAUGGCUGCAAUAGGUUGAAGCAAAUUAUUGCUGAUACGAGAGAUGAUCUUGAUGUCAAUGAAACAAUAAAUCCGGCUCUCCUCCGUCCUCUAUGCUUGCCAACAUUAACAACUCUCAAGGUUACUGGUUGUCCUGCAUUGGAAUACGUUUUCCAAAUCACAACAGGUCAAAUCCUUCCAAAGCUUACACUGCUUGAAAUAGGCAGUUGCCAUGAAUUAGCACAAGUCUUCAGCUCUAAAGAUGCCGCGGACGGAGAGGACAUUGAGGUACCUCAGUUAAAAAGGUUAUCACUCAAAGACUUACAAAACUUGAAGAUCUUUUGUUCAGAAAAUCGUUCUAUCAAGUUACCAGCAUUGAAACAGAUCGAAGUGGAAGCAUGCCAUCAAUUCAGUAAUAAUGCCAUGUGUGAAGUGAUAAAGCAUUGUCGUUUACAGGAAGUUUGCCUCAUCAAAGUGGGAAGUCAAUUGUGUGGAAAGAUCUUUGAACUUCCAGGUGGAUACAUCCUAUCAAGUCUGCUGCAACUGACAUUGGAAAAGAUAAAUGAGCUGCAAGCUAUAUGGAAAGAGCCCACCCAAAUAAUCGCCCUUCAAAAUCUUACUCAUUUGAAAGUGGUCAAGUGCAAUAAACUGAAAACUCUAUUCUCACUUUUACAUGCUCGAAAUCUGCUGCAGUUAAGCCAUCUACUUGUACAAGAAUGCAAGGACUUGGAGCAGAUCGUUGCCGGGGAUCAGAUUUCAUCAUCAUCAUCAUCAUCAUCUCGUCUCAAACCUGUAUACUUCCCUAACCUUAAGGAAAUAUCGAUUGAAAUUUGCAACAACCUGAAAAGUCUCUUCCCUGUUAGUGUCGCCCACCUUCCAAAGCUCGAAACAUUAAGAGUUAACAAGGCAUCUAAAUUGAAACGAAUCUUUAUACAUGAAGGUGAAGCCAAAGUCAAAAGUGAAGGGGAGAUAGUGCUUUGCUUCCCUAAAUUGGAAGUUUUGCACCUGGAAAAGCUAUGGAACCUCCACAGCAUCAUCCCGUUGGGUUAUGAAUGCGUAUUUCCGGUUUUGAAAGCAUUAGCGCUGAAAGAAUGUCCUUUGUUGGCUACAAGUUUCAGGAAGGUCGAUUCAGAGCCUAUUGUCUAUGCCAAAACCAAAGAAAAUUCGUCAACCAAGGAAGAGAAUAAUUACUCUAAGUUUAGAAGGUCUGUUACAUUUCAAGAAUUACCGAACGAUUGGUCACCUGGGAUGAAAAUUGACUGA